CCGCGUCAGUCUUCCCUCGCCCGUGUCCGCAUCGUCGCAGCAGCCAGGUCUCACCAUGCUCGUCACACACUUCCCCCUCUUACGCGUCCCCCAUCACUCCCGCCACCUCCGCCACCUCCGCCACAUCCGCCACAUCUUCUCCUCAACACCAUCUCUGGGUCCUGCACCUCCCAAGCUCCUCGCUCUCAAGGAGCUGGUAGAGGAUGAGCACCAUGCGCUCGCGCGCGACUGGCUUGACGGCUUUGUGCCCGAAGACGUACCCAAGACUUCGUACGAAGUAUCGUAUGCGCGCUCCUCCGGACCAGGCGGACAGCACGUAAACAAAACCAAUUCGAAAGCCGUGGUCCGCUUUGAUGUCUUUCGUGCGCGGGGCGCGUGGCUGCCCCCCUUCCUCGUGCCCGCGCUGCAGCAGUCUCCAUACUUCCACGCGCCCUCGUUGCUCCUGUCGUCGCAGAACUCGCGAAGCGCCCCUCAGAACCUUGCGACGUGUCUCGAGAAUCUGCACGCCACGAUCGCCCAGGCGGGCCGCGGCCUCAUCCGCGGUGAGACGAGUGAGGCGCAGCGCGAGCGCGUAAAGGAGCUCCAGAAGGCUGACGCGCGGAAGCGGCGCGUCCUGAAAGAGAAGCAAAAGUCGAAGAAGGCGUCCCGCACCGACAAGGGAGGGUGGUAG